AUGCACGCGGAAAUUGGUGUGACGCCCCUUGAGGCACCCGCUGAUCGCGAAGCUGAUGCGGCAAACGGCUUGCACCACACUCUGCCCACCCCGUUGUUGCGGGGGUCAGAUCUCACGCGGAGGCAGUCUUCUGUGGAGGUGAGGACACCGUCGAUGGAUGAAGUGGUGACCGCAGAGUCGAUCAAGCAGGAAGUGGAGGGCAGCAUUGGAUUCGCCUCAGCUUUGGACCGCCAGCGCUGGGAGGAGGCAUGGCUGGGGAAUCUUCCACUUUCCAUUUGCCUGCGACACUGGGGGAACGCCAUGGUGCAUGCGGGGGCGGGGUACAAGCUCUCCAAUAUGGGUGGUGUGUUGCAGCGAUGGGUGCUGCGGUACUUUGUGUUGGCCUGGUCGCUGUUGUACGUCUUUGACAGCGACAGCCCUAAGGAGAGGUGUCGCGGCGCCGUGUACCUGCAUCACGCGAAUGUGCAAAAGAAAGUCGUGGGCGGCCGUCACGCCAUUGUGAUCACGCCUGUGACGCAGAAGAAGCCUGCAGAGCUCGGUAUGGAGACGUUUACAUCCUUCACUAUGUCUGUGGAUGCCCAUCAACUGCUUGGAGUCUGGCUUGUUGCUCUGCAGAAGACAAGCGCUGCGCACAGUUCGCCCGGCUCGCCCAGACCUAAGGCACCGCAGCAGAUGAACACCGCUUGUAUCUCGUUGACCCCCACAAAAAGCGCACGGCCACUGCAGCAGCCGGUGCGUGUGGCGGCAACACCAGAAGUACAGCUUGAUGCGGUGGGCGCAGUGGGUGCUUCCGCCGAUGCUGCUUCUGAUGCAAUUGAAAUUAUGGUCACGAAUGGCUUUGACGAUCCCAGCCGCAGCCAGAUGGAUAUUCGGAUGGGUGAGGCAGGCGCGGUGGGAAACGUGGAGCAGCGUCACCUCCCUGGACAGCGGCCACAGCUGACUGCUACCGCUAUCGGGGCUGCUUCCACCGCGAGCGGGGACCGCGAAACGAUCAUUGAGGCGUACCGGCAGCAGCUGCAACACUUGACGGUGAGCGCGUUUAGUGUCAAGACUCGCCUACGACGCAUAGCAGAGAAGAAGGACAGGCAGCAUCUUGGAGAGCUGCUUCUGCAGUUUGUAUUGAGCCACAUCAACGACGCCGCCGCGCUGUGGACACUGAUUGGCCAAGUGGAGGAGCUGCCGGAUGUGACGGCGCAAACCUUUACCACGACACUGACCAUGUCGCCCUUGUGCUGUGGGGAUAAAAGGCAAUUACUUCCUUCGGACACCCCGCCAGAUUAUGAUGCCAGUAACGAAACUGCAAUCCAAGAUGCUGCGUGGCACACACCGCCAAAUUCCGUCAGGCAACACUUAUCGUCUAUCGAAAAAAUCGGAGUAGGAAAGGAGAAAAACUGGGUAGGCACGAGCCCGCCGAGCCUCACGCAGAGUGAUGCGAUGGGGUCCCACAGUGUGGCUAGCCCACCCCGCACCGUGGACGCGGAAUGGCGUCAGCGAAUGCGGCGCCUACAGGAACGCCGGAGCGUCAUUGAGAACAUUCUUAGCAAGCUACCAAGCAUUUCGUGA